CCCCGCCAGGGUCGCUUUGCCGCCCAGCCACUUCACAGAAAAGGUUCCGGGCCUGGCGAGCUCCGCCCUGGCCUCGUGCAACCCCCGCUGUCGCGUAAGCAUGGAGGGUGAGAGUACGUCAGCGGUGCUCUCGGGCUUCGUGCUGGGCGCGCUGUCCUUCCAGCACCUCAAUACGGACUCGGACUCGGAAGGUUUUCUCCUUGGGGAAGUGAAAGGGGAAGCCAAGAAUAGCAUUACUGAUUCCCAAAUGGAUGAUGUUGAAGUUAUUUAUACAAUAGACAUUCAGAAAUAUAUUCCAUGUUAUCAGCUUUUUAGCUUUUAUAAUUCUUCUGGUGAAUUAAAUGAGCAAGCACUGAAGAGAAUACUGUCAAAUGUUAAAAAGGAUGUGGUGGGUUGGUACAAAUUCCGACGCCAUUCAGACCAGAUCAUGACUUUUAGAGAGAGACUACUUCACAAAAACUUACAGAAGCAUCUUUCAAGCGGGGAACUUGUUUUUCUGCUAUUAACACCAAGUAUAAUAACAGAAAGCUGCUCUACUCAUCGACUGGAGCAUGCCUUAUAUAAACCUCAGAAAGGACUUUUUCAUAGGAUACCUUUAGUGGUGGCCAACCUGGGCAUGUCUGAACAACUAGGUUAUAAAACUGUUUCAGGUUCCUGUAUGUCCACUGGUUUUAGCCGAGCAGUAAAAACACACAGCCCUGAAUUUUUUAAAGAAGAUGGAUCUUUAAAAGAGGUACACAAGAUAAAUGAAAUGUAUGCUUCUUUACAAGAGGAAUUAAAGAGUAUAUGCAAAAAAGUAGAACACAGUGAGGAAGCAGUAGAAAAACUACUAAAGGAUGUAAACAGUUUAAAACAAGAAAUUAAAAAAAGGAAACAAGCACAGAUUCAAGCAGCACGGGAGAAGAAUGUCCAAAAAGACCCUCAGGAGAACAUUUUUCUUUGUCAAGCUUUACGGACCUUUUUUCCGGAUCGUGAAUUUCUUCAUUCAUGUGUUAUCUCCGUGAGAAACAGGCAUAUUUCUGAAAGUAGCUGCAAUACCAACCACCAACUCAAUGUGGUAGACAACCUGACCCUAAUGGUAGAAUACACUGACAUUCCUGAAGCUAGUCCAGCUAGUAGUGCUCGGCAAAUGAUGAAGCGCAAAGCUUUAGAUAUAGAUGAAAGAUGGCAGUUCAAGAAGUCACGGCUGUUAGAGAUACAGAACCAACCAUCUAAAACAGAUACUGAUAGUAGUAACCAAGAAAAAGCAUCCACAAGCAGCCCAGAAAUAGAUGAAGAGAUUGAGAAAAUGAAGGAUUCUGAUGAAUAUCCACAGUCUCCUACAUUUUGAUCCUUUUAUGCCAAAAGAUUUUGAUUGGCUGAAGGGUAAAGCCAAAUAUUUCUAUUGUUUUUGCUAUGUAUAGCUGUUUGCAGUCAUACAUAAAUUUCUAGUGCAAUUAUUUUAUAAAGUACUUUAAAAACCAAAACCUUUUUUGUACCUUUUACUAAACUGUUGAGAGGAAGUUUAAAUAGUUUUUAAACUUGUACAGCAUUCUUUAGAAUUCGGAAAGUUAAUAUGAAUAUUUUUUUCUAAACUCAUUGCAAUUCCAAGUCAAGUUAUGAUAAAUAGUAUAUUAUGAGUAGGGUUGCCAGAUAAAAUUCUGGACACCAUACAAAACUAGCGACAUACUUAUAUUUAAAAAUUAUUCAUUGUUUACCUGAAAUUCAAAUUUAAUUGUAUGUCGUGUAUUUUUACUUGCUAAAUCUGGCAGUUCUAAUUAUUCCACGACAGUAAUGCAGCACAAAUAGUUUGGGCUGUACUUGGUGUACCUGUAUUUGCUAGUUAGAAAAUGUCCCUGAGCAAUUUCAAGUCCACAUCCUGUCACAUGGAAAUUUCACAUUAUACAAGCAUUCUACUUUCCUGUACACCCGUAUCUCUAAAAUUCCACGUAUAAGAUAGAACCUGGACCUUAGUAAAAUUCUAAUACAGGUCAUCCCUUCCAUAUUUAAUAUCCCAUUAUCAGCAGUCUAUUGUUGUAUAGGCUAUUUGUAGUACAUAUGUGACACUGUACAGUACCAAUUUUAUUCGUGUGUGUGUAAAUAUAAUGAGUAUUAACAUUUCAAACAACCUCGUUUUAUUUUAAUGAAGAUCCACUGGUAUGAAUAGGAAGCGCCUCACUUUAUUCCUAAAACUUUUUCUUCAUGAGAUUUUAUAUUAUUAAGAGCUAAAAACAAUAUAGUCUGAUAAGGUUUACUUUAGCCUAGUGAUUUUCUAAAGGUUAUUAAAUUUUAUAGUUUGAGUCGUCAACCAUUUAUUUUAAAAUAAGUUUAUUGAUGAUAACUUUAUACAUUUUACUCCCGAUAUUUGAUAUUACAAACUUUAGGGUCUUUGAGAUACACAGGAUCCUUGUAUGUAACUGGCAUAAACCCUGUAAAGAGAGAAUUAAAGUUCUUCACCAAAGAAAAUAGGCAAAAUUUUGAUUAGCUCAAAUCAUUUUUUCAGAUGCUCUUACCCAUUAUUUGAGCUCUCUUAAUUGCUUUUGUGAUCUCUUUUUGUUUCUUCCCACAAAGACCUAUAAAAGAAAGUGCUUCCUUAUUCAUUAAAAAAUACCAAUAUUCAAAAUGCGUAACAAUUGUCUAAGUAAAGGAAAGGUUGGAAGAUCUGUAAAGAGCCAGAUAGUAAGUAUCUUUAGCUUUGUGGGCAAUACAUGACAGAGAAGUCUCUCAUAACUUCUCAACUCUACUCUUUUAGUACAUAAAGCAGCCAGCUAUGGACACUACGUAGACUAAGCUAUUCACAAAAAUAAGUGGCAGAUCCAAUUUGGCCUAUGGGAAAUAGGCCCCUGUUUAUAAAUAAUCGUCUAGAUGUAAUCAUAGUAUACUCCAAAAUACCAACACAACUUUUUAAGCCCAGGUUUUCUACAUGUUGUCAGCUUACCUUUGAGUAUAAGAAGACAUGUAAAAUAAUACUCCUUUUGGACUAAGAUGCUUUAUUAAAUAGUAAGGUUUCUAACUGAUUUAUAGCACUAUUUGAAAAUUUGCCAGUUUUCUUAAAUAACAAAAAUAUAAGUUAACUGUAAGACAAAAUAAAAUACCUGUUAUGUGCCUUCCAUGAAUGCAUCCAGUAAAUGGAGAAAUAAACUGAGACAAAAGCUGU